GUUGGACUGCCCGAUAUUCCCAAAAGGUCUAUUUGGGGGAAACGCCGUCUCGGCGACGGCUGAGAGAUGACUGCACCUGCUGUAGAGUCUUUGAUAUAAAGUCGACGGGGGAGGACCUCACUUAGACGCUGCCUUGCCCGGCAAGAGACCACGACCAUACCGUUGAGCCUCAUGACUGCUUACGGGACUCCUUACAUGGUAUAAACUUUGAAGAUGGCGAAACACGAUGAAGCGACAGAGCACCGCGUCGAGGCGACGACCUCCGCCUUGGACGACGAAAAGAAUAACGCCCUAACCCACCGCCACGCCAAAGAAGUCAACGUCCAGUCCGUCGCCCUCGCCGAUGCCAUUGCCAAAGACAAACCCGACUAUAAAUCAAAGUCGCAAAUGACGCUCUAUGCUAUGAUGUGUCUCUGCGUUCUAAACGGCAUAAUGAACGGCUACGACGGCUCCGUAAUGUCCGCCAUAAACGCAAUGGACCCCUUCCAAUCCCGCUUUGAAAUCGGCCUCACUGGCGAACUCAACGGCGCCGUCUUCUCCAUCUACACUGUAGGCAGCAUCAUCGGCAGCCUCUUGUGCGGGUACAUUAUGGACCGCUGGGGCCGCCGCGCCUGCAUGUUCUCGGGCGCGUCCAUGAUUGUCCUCGGCUCCGUGCUGCAGGCGAGCAGCUUCAAGCUGCCGCAAUUUUUCAUUGGGCGGUUCAUUGUCGGUACGGGGACGCCCAUGUGCGGGACAUCGGCGCCGGUAUUCUUGGUCGAGAUUGCGUAUCCUACGUGGAGGGGGUUGGCGGGGGGGUUGUAUAAUGUUUUGGGGUGGUAUAUUGGUGCGAAUAUGGCUGCUUGGACAUGCUACGGCACAAACUUCAUCCACAACGACUGGGCGUGGCGUAUCCCCUACAUCGUUCAGCUCGUCCCGGCCACCAUUGUCAUCUCGGUCGUCUGGUUCCUACCGGAGAGCCCGCGCUGGCUGUGGUCACAGGGACAGACUGAUCGCGCGACGGAGAUUUUAACAAAGUACCACGGCGACGGGAACCCGCACUCGGCUCUUGUCAAGCUCGAGCUCGAUGAGAUUCGGAUGUCGUUGGAGGCCGAGCAGGAGCUUCGCAAUAAUAACUGGAACUAUAAGAUCCUUAUGAACAACAGGCCUAAUCGGUACCGCAUGUGGCUUAUCAUGCUUGUCGCCGUCUUUUCUCAGUUUAUUGGGGGUUCCGUGAUUUCGUACUAUCUACCUGCCAUGGUGCGAGGCGUCGGUAUCACGGACUCAAGCCGACAACUCCUCCUCAACGGAAUCAACACCGUCAUCUCCUUCGUCAGCGGCAUCUUCGGCUCCUUCUUCGUCGACAAAGUCGGCCGCAGACCGCUCUUCCUUUGGGGCACCCUCCUCACGGGACUCGUCUACAUCCCCAUCAACAUCCUCGCCGCAAAAGCAGAACACCACCUCGACGAAGGCACAACAGUCCCCAAAGCCCAAGCCUACGCCUUCAUCGCCAUGAUCUUCUCGUACGGCAUCUUCUGGGGCUUCUGCUGGACGCCGCUGCAGGCGCUGUACCCGGCCGAGAUUCUGAACAACGAGAUUCGGGCCAAAGGGAUGGGCGCUAAGGGGUUCAUUUCUGGUGUUGCGAGCUUUAUUAAUACGUAUGGGACGUCUGUGUCGAUUAAGCAUAUUGGGUGGAAGACGUAUACGAUUUUCUUGGUGUUGCAUUUUGUGCAUCUGGGCUUGAUGUAUUUGUCUUGUGUUGAGACCAAGGAGAGGACGUUGGAGGAGUUGGAAGAGAUUUUUAGUGAUGAGAAGCCGGUGAAGAGGAGUUUGCAGAAGACUACGGUUGUCGUCGAUCGCGGGUUGGGGGCUAAGGUUAAGGAUGAUGCUUGAGUAGCAGGUUUCUCAUGGACUACUACCUUGAGAAGAGAAAAUUAGUUUACCUAGCUUGCAAUGAACUAUCAAUAUUUCUG